UUUUAAAAGUCCAUCCAUAGCUUGACGAAGUUUACGCAUGCUUGGCUUUAAUUCAGAACCCCAAUCAGUCAUAAGAUUAAAAUCAAGUCCUUCUGUAAACUUGUUUCUGGAAGUUAUUUCAAAAUUGGUCAAUAUGUUUUUAUACACAAUGUUAUAUGGUUUAAAUUCAAGACUUAUAAAUAUAAUUAAAUCAAUACAAUUACAAUGAUAUUAAUGUAAAAGUACUAAAUUGUGUCAUGCAAAAUUACAAACAAUAAUGAAAUCAAAACACACAAUUCAUACAUAAACAUGCCAAGCUUUAUGUAAACUAUGCCAAUAUUAGAUUAUAACAAACGUGGUACAGACGAGUAAUCAACAUAUAGAACUCAAUUGAUGUUGGACAAGUCGAUAGUUUUAAACUUAAUGUACAACUAUGGGUUUUGAUAUCAUCCGUUUCGUUGGCGAAGUAGAUGAAGAGCUUCUCUGCCCCAUAUGUACUGGAGUGUUACAGGACCCAGUCCAAGCACCUGCUUGUGAACACGCAUUCUGCAAAGGUUGUAUACUCGAAUGGCUGUUAAGACAAUCCACAUGUCCAGUUGAUAGACUUUCCGUCAAUGUUCUUCAGUUGCGACCAGUACCACGAAUUUUAAAAAAUCUACUAAACAGAUUGUAUAUUAUUUGUGAAAAUUCAAGUUAUGGAUGCCAAAAUGUUGUCAAACUAGAUACAUUAGACUCUCAUUUAUCUGAAUGCGAGUAUAAUCCUAAGAGACCAUUUCCCUGUGAACAAGGAUGUGGUUUAAUCAUACCUAAAGACGAACAUAAGGACCAUAACUGUGUAAAAGAAUUACGAGAAUUAGUACAAAAACAACAACAAAAAAUAAAUGAAAUGCAUCAAGACAUGGCUACAUACAGAUAUGAAAUGACUGGAAUCAAAGAUGAAAUGAGAAUUUUAAAGGGUUACGUGCGAGCCUUACGUGUAUGCAAUCCCAGCGUAAGAGCUGUAACUGAUGAGUUGGAAAGAGAUGAAAUCGAACGCUGGUCAAGUUCUCUUCCUCAAGCCAGAGUUACUCGCUGGGGAGGAAUGAUUUCUACGCCCGACGAAUACCUUCAAAACAACAUAAAACAAGCACUUAUCGAAAGUGGCUGUCCUGCUCACAUCCUUGAUGAUCUCGUAAAAAAUUGUCACGAACGAAAUUGGCCAUCUGGACUAUCAAGUCUAGAAACAAGACAACACAACAGAAGACACUAUGACCGAUAUAACUGCAAGCGUAUACCUGGGAAACAAGCUGUUAUCGUUUUGCCUUGUGAUAAUAUUAUGGUUAGUGAUGACAUGAUGUCUGAACCAGGUCUCAUCAUGAUUUUUGCUCACGGAAUCGAAUAAACAGUAUGUGCAUGUCGUUUUUAGUAGGUAAUGUUAAACAACUAAUAUAUUUUUUUUUUAAUCCCAUUUUGUUAUUAUUAACUAUUUAAUAAAAGUUAUAGUUAACAACGAACCACUGUGAUAAAUUAUAUGUACCACAAAUCUGUUACGAAUCACCUACCUUUUUUUUUAUCAUUGUAAUUUUUAAAAAAAAAAUCAUCAUUUGUUUUUUCAACGUAACAACUUUAGAACACCAUUUUUAUGUAACUAACAAAAAUAAUGAUUAUGAGCUUAUUUAACAAUGAAUAACCGUACAAAAGCCAUUUAUGAAUUCGUUUACUUCACUAUUGCUUUAAAUGUUUGCUAAAUGUGUAUACAAUGGCAUUUAAAUCUUAACAAUCAAUUUUAACUCGUUAACUAUAAAAAAAAUAUAAUUUUAUUGAGUAAUUUAAACUUAACAUUUUAUAUUUUUAUCUUACAUGUAUGUAAUUACCAUAAACUAUUUAAACUAUGAGAUUUAUAUGUUUAUCAUUGUCGUAUAUAUGCGUAUCUAAACAAUUAUAGUUAUUAUAAAAUAGCCAGUAUGUGUUUUUAAUAUUAUGUUAUAUAGUCUUAAUGAAUUUAUUGUUUUAUAUGUAUGUAUAAUAAUUUUUAUGUUUAAUAUUAAGUCAAUUAUACGGAAAUUAUCACGUUAAGUAUUGCUGUAAUGAUAUAAUAUACGAGGUAUUUUCUAGAGUACUUCAAACUGUUUUGUAUAAAGCAUUUAUUCGUUAUCUUAUUAAUAUUAUUAAUAUUAAUAAUAAUUAUUUUUUAUUUUGACAAAUUUAAAUUUAAGUUAAAAUAAAAUACUUUUAACAGUACAA